AUGAAGCCUCUCCUCAGAGCUUUGAGUGCUCUGCUCUGCUGCUCGUUGUCCUCCUCACACACACUGGACCCUGCUGGGAAGAACGUCUGCCACAAUCUCAGGGAUCCCUCCACCCUGGUCUGUUGCACUGGAUGGCUCCAAGAAGGAAAAGAGUGCACCAUAGCUGUGUGUGAGGGUGAGCAGGCCUGCCAGGAGGGUGAGCUCUGUGUGUAUCCAGGAGUGUGUGGCUGCCCACCCGGUUACUUUGGAGCUCACUGUAAAACACGUUGUCCUCGAGAGUUUUAUGGAUCAGACUGUCGCAAGGUGUGCAAGUGCUUCCCAAAUGGUCGUUGUGACUCUGUCACUGGUGAGUGCACCUGCGAUGCCAAUCGAUGGGGUCCACUGUGCCAAUACCCCUGCAAGUGCACCCGCCACGGCCACUGCCACCCCGUCCACGGAAACUGCACCUGCGAUGACGGCUGGUGGUCACCAACCUGCUCCAAGCCGUGCCAGUGUGUCUCCGGGGGCUCAGCGGGCCCUGGCUGUGACCAGCAGACAGGCCGGUGCCAAUGCAAAAUAGGGAACUGGGGGCUGAAAUGUCCCGCAGCUUGCAACUGCUACCUGUCACCGUGCAACCAGCGAAGUGGUGGGUGUGAGUGUACGACAGGUUGGUGGGGGCCCACCUGUGACAGGCGAUGUAACUGUGACUUUGCACACAGCAGCUGUGACACGGAUACGGGGAAGUGCCUGUGCCACCCGGGGUACCAGGGGCCCUACUGCAACCAGCCCUGUGAAGCUGGGAAGUACGGCAGAGGGUGUAUAAGAAAAUGUGGUCACUGUAAAGACAACCAGAACUGCUCUGUUACUGAUGGGGUGUGUGCUGCCUGUGAGCCCGGCUGGAACGGUACACGAUGCGACCAGCCGUGCUCCUUUGGUUACUAUGGUGACGGCUGCGAGAAGACCUGUCCACGAUGUAGGACCAAUGAGUCCUGUGACCCAAAAACUGGAACAUGUUCGAGGUGUGAUCCUGGAUGGGCUGGACCCAGGUGUGAGGCCUGCCCUGACAGGACGUACGGAGACGCCUGCAGCUUCCUUUGUAGCCAUUGUUUCCAUGGUGACUGUCAUCACGUGACAGGAAGAUGUGUCUGUCAGCCAGGCUUUCAGGGAGAGAGUUGUAACAGCAGCUGCCACGCACUGCAGUUCGGCCUCAACUGUUCCUCUGCCUGCGACUGUGGGGAGGGGGUCAGCUGUCACCCGGUCACUGGUGCCUGCCCCAGCAGCGCUCUGCUCGCAGGUAUACUGGUUCCUUUGCUCCUGCUGCUCGUAGCCGUAAUCUGCUGCUGUCUGUGUUGUGGAGGACGGCCAGCUGAUGACAAAGACAGGGCGGCUGUGGCUGAUGGAGGUUGGUCCGUUCGGAUGAAAUAUCACGUCUACAGCGUCCUGGCAAACAUCGGCGCUGCCCUCCCCUGUAUCUCUAAUUGGUCCUCGGGCCUGCCUCGUGUGACUGUAUCUCACCAUGACCCGGAGCUGACCUUCAACCACAGUUUCAUUGAGCCUCCCUCCUGCGGCUAUGUGACUGAGGGUUCGUCCUUCGACACUGAUGAGGAAGAGGGAGAGGCUCUCUACUGUGUCCCUCCAAGAGAAGACAUCCCGGCAGUGGCCAGCGGCGAGUUCCAGGAGAUGAGCUCCAAGUGUAACAUGUUCUUGGACCCAUCAGGCUUCAGUAGUGAGGACAUAACAUCACCCUUCAGCAUCCCCCGCACCUCCAGCAUUGCCAAAGCCAAGCGGCCGUCUGUCUCUUUUGCUGAAGGCACCCGCUUCAGCCCCAAAGAGAGACGUGGCUCGGCUCAUGACCCCAGCUCUCUCUCUGGACACCCUCGCACCAAAUCCAAGCCUGCUAGGGGGGCUUUGUUGCUCUCUGCCCUCCAAAAUCAGGGAGGUGCAGCUAGGCCUGGUGAGGAAGAUGGGGCUGAGGGUGAGGAGAGGGAAGAUGGGGUGGAUGAGCAGGCAACAGAUAACCAGGAAUCAAGCUGUGAGGCAGGGGAACAAGAAGUAGAUAGAAACCUAAACACCCCGUCCCGCUCCACCCUGCAGGUCCCUGGGGCAUCAGGACGAAGACGGACUAUGUCCAACACUGCUGCUCAAAAAGGGAACCAGGUGUCAACAUCUACCUCUGACAUAAAUAAGGUCACUACAGUGUACGUGACGGUGGGUAAGGCGGGACGGCCCGUAUCAAAGGUGGAGUCGAGCUCAGAAGGACCCGUUCAGGCUAUGCUACGGCGACUCGGAAGCCUCCAGAGACAAAGGGAGCAGGAUCCUGGCAGGCUCAAAGCCAAAACAACAGAAGGGAUCACCAAACCACCCAGGAGGAAGCUAGGAGCUCGGGCGAGUGUGUGGGAGCAGGAAGAGCCUUCUGGAGGAGAGGCUGCCAUAUGUAAACCUGUCAGAAGGAAACAUGCUUCCCCCAACUCAUCUGACACAGCAGGCACUAACGGAACUGUGUCAUUAGAGAGUGGUGCUCCUAAAAGGCCUCUCUCGUCCAUUUUGAAGAGCGUGCCAGAGGUGGCUUCAGUGGACUCUCGGCCAGAGCUGAGGGCGGAGGGAGACAGAGGGCAGAGGGACAACCUCAAUAUGGGACAAAAUGAGGGCGGCUACCAGACAAUUGGACCAGAAGGGGACGCUGCGAGUCUCACUGAGGUCAUUGCCAAUGAAGGUGCAGUGGUCAGUGUGAACGACGAACCAUGCUAUGAAAACGUAAUGAUUAAACACUCAUAACUUUGGACAAACCACGU